UAUUUACGAACUGCACUCACUACGAAAUUGUUUUUGGAGUGUGUUAUUGAUGUACAUUCGCUAUUUGUUUUUGUUGUUUUUGACAUUCAAAUACAAGUGACAAUGGGCAAGUUUGUUGAUGAGUAAAUAUUGGCGAAAUGUAAAAGAAAAUAGGAAGUUGCUGAAGUUGUUUUUGCAGGUGUUUUCGUAAGUGAGCACAAAAAAUUAUACGAUUUCGAAAUCAACAAAUGUGGAACAACCACAAGAGUAAAGCAACUUUAAUUAAAUUUACUCAAAUGCCAUCAGUUGACGUUAGCAUAAAGUUUCGAAAAGUUGUAUUUUUCAAAUAAAAUUCAUACCAUCAAAUAAAAAAACAGCAACAUUAAUUUAUUAAUUAAACAACAAAAAUGCAACUGAAGCGAUUAUUGCGCAAACAUUGCUGUUCCAUGGAAAUAGCAAUUAUUAUAUUGCUGUUCAUAGCCGGGCUUUUGAUAUAUGCGCGCAGAGUACAAAGCUCGAUUCACGCUGCAGGCUGGCGGAUAAGCAAUCCAUCUGGCACACGCAAUCCCUCCAUAACUUAUGAGGGUAGAGUAGUUAAAUCAUGCCAACCAACAACUAAAGAAACCCAAGAAUCGGUAGCUAAUAACAAUGAAAAGGACAAAAUGUUUGAAGCAUUGGGUGUAAUACGCAAUAAGCACGACAAAUAUAUACGAGACAUUGGUUACAAACAUUACGCUUUCAAUGCAUUUAUAUCGAACCAAAUUGGAACUUAUCGUGAUGUGCCUGAUACUCGUCACAAAGUUUGCCCACGUGAACCCACCGCAGAAAUAGAAAAUUUGCCCACAGUAACUGUUAUCAUGUGCUUCUUUAAUGAGCACAAAAUGACGCUUCUACGUUCCGUAAACUCGGUCAUCAAACGCACUCCAGAUUUUUUAUUAAAGCAAAUUAUAUUGGUGGAUGAUUACAGUGACUCGCCUGAAUUGGAGUUUCAUUUACUAAACGAUUUGCAUAAAGAACUACAAUUUGAUCGUAUACAUUACAUACGAAAUGAUAAACGUGAGGGUUUAAUACGUUCGCGUGUAAUAGGCGCUCGUGAAGCCACCGGAGAUGUGCUUAUUUUUCUCGACUCGCAUAUAGAGGCAAAUCAACAAUGGGCAGAACCAUUAUUGCGUAUGGUAAAAGAGGAGCCCACUACAAUAGCAGUACCUGUAAUGGAUUUAAUAAAUCCGGAUACAUUUGAAUACUCAUCAAGUCCUUUGGUUCGUGGCGGAUUUAAUUGGGGCCUACAUUAUAAAUGGAUUGGUUUGGCUGAAGGUGCGCUAAAAACUGAUGAGGACUAUAAAGGUCCAUUUUUGUCUCCUACCAUGGCUGGUGGAUUGUUUGCUAUAAAUCGUAAGUAUUUUCACGAUAUAGGUGAAUACGAUAUGGGUAUGGAUGUGUGGGGAGGUGAAAAUUUGGAAAUAUCUUUUAGAGUUUGGCAAUGCGGUGGUGCAAUUAAAAUAAUGCCAUGUUCACGUGUUGCACACAUAUUCCGUAAAAGACGUCCCUACUUAGCGCCAAAUGCCACUGACAAUACGAUGUUAAAGAACUCCCUGCGCCUAGCACAUGUCUGGAUGGACGAAUAUAAAGAACAUUAUCUCAAACAAGAAAAAGCUACUGCAAAUUUCGAUUUUGGAGAUGUUACUGAACGAAAAAAACUACGUGAGCGUCUAAACUGUAAAAGUUUUGAUUGGUAUUUGAAGAAUGUUUAUCCAGAACUACGUUUGCCAGGUGAUAAGAGCAAAAAACCAGGUGCACAAGCAGCACCAUUUCAACCAUGGCACUCGCGCAAACGCAACUACACUGAUACCUUUCUGAUACGUUUGGCUGGUACCAAACUGUGUGCAUCUGUGGUAGCACCAAAAGUAAAGGGAUUUUGGAAGAAGGGCAGCUUAAUAACAUUGCAAGAAUGUGUUAAAACACAAAAUCAAAUUUGGUACGAAACAGAAAAAGCAGAAAUUAUAUUAGAUAAAUUGCUGUGUUUGGAGGCAGCCGGUGAUUCGCAAGUACGCAUUAACAAAUGCCAUGAAAUGUUAGGUGAUCAACAGUGGCGGCAUACUCGCACCAAGUAUAGUCCUAUCUAUAACAUGGCUUCUGGCACGUGUUUGCGUGCAACAGAAGCAAAUAUUGGUGCAGCGUUAAUACUGGACUUAUGUUCAAAAGAUGGUGCCAGCGCUUGGGAUAUCAUUAACCCGAACUCAUUAUAAAUUUGUUUAGCUUAAGUAAGCUUAACUAUGCACAAAAAUGUGACAGCUAUAUUGUUUUUAAUAUUAUGAACUAUUAGACUGAUUUUUAGUGCAUGCCUGUGACUGGUUGUUGUGACAGCUGCAA